UUCAGUGGAGCAGAGGCGCUUGACAUUGCCGUGUUCGGUUUUAUAGAAAAUAAAGAAAAACAAAAAGUUUGUGGAAUUUGCAAGCUCCCUUGUCGCGGGAUGCAAUUGCGGUAAGAGAAGCAGGGAGGGCAUGUCGAACGCCGUAUUGAACGGAUUGGCUGGAGCCGGAGGAGGCAUCAUUGCUCAGAUAAUCACAUAUCCUCUCCAAACCGUAAACACGCGCCAGCAAACAGAGAGGGUUGCCAAGAAAGGGCUCCUCCCUCAUUGCGAUGGUGCCUCAUCUCCUUCCAAUCGUCUCCCAAGCAGUACUCUAAUGGAAAUCCUUCAGGUUGUAAAAAGCGAAGGCUGGGGAGGAUUGUACAGUGGACUUAAACCUUCCCUAUUUGGCACAGCCGCAUCUCAGGGAGUCUAUUAUUAUUUUUACCAGCUUUUUAAAAACAAGGCAGAGGCUGUUGCAGUUGCCCGGAAAAGGAAAGGGCUUGGUGAUGGUACUGUUGGAAUGUUAACAUGGCUUGUGGUGGCAGCUAUUGCUGGGUCCUUAAAUGUAUUGCUGACGAAUCCAAUAUGGGUUCUUGUGACUCGAAUGCAGACACAUACUCAAGCAGAAAGGAAAAUUAUGGAGGCAAAGAGAGAAGCUAUAUUGAGGGAAGCUUCUAUAAGCAAUUCAACAGACCUUUCAACUUUGCAAGACAAGUUGGAUGAACUUGAUUCGAUCAAACCUCGCCCAUAUGGAACAACUUAUGCGGCAUGGGAAGUUUACGAUGAAGCUGGAAUUUUAGGAUUUUGGAAGGGCAUUGUCCCAACACUCAUCAUGGUUUGCAAUCCAUCGAUCCAGUUUAUGAUUUAUGAAACUUCAUUAAAAUAUCUGAAGGCAAAACGUGCUGCUAAAAGGUCAUCAAAGAAUGUAACCGCUUUGGAGGUUUUUUUAUUGGGAGCCUUUGCAAAACUGGGAGCAACUGUCUCCACAUACCCAUUGUUAGUUGUCAAGUCAAGACUUCAAGCUAAGCAGGAGAUCGGUGGGAAUAUAUCAUUAAGAUAUACAGGCACUCUGGAUGCAGUAGUUAAGAUGAUUCGCUAUGAAGGAUUGCCUGGAUUUUAUAAAGGCAUGAGCACCAAGAUCCUACAAAGUGUUUUUGCAGCAUCGGUCCUUUUCAUGGUCAAGGAAGAGCUAGUAAAGGUUUUCCUAGUACUGGUUGAUAAGAACCGGAAAAGAAGUACCAGAUAUGGUUAAAUGGCAUCCAUCAAAAAGAUAUGGUUAAAUGACAUUGAGAAUAGAAAUUUAUAAAAAAAAAAACAUUGAGAAUAGAAUUUAUUGUCUCAAGAUGGCCUUACAACCCUCUUUUUUGUUCUCAAUCUGAUCUGCUCGUUUCAUUUGCAAGACAUUUUCUUGAAUAAUAGGCCUUAUUUAUUUAUAUACUUUUAUUUUUGAACAUGUGUGUAGUAUAUAAUGAGUAAGAACAGAAUGAGAAGAUCAUGCUUUACUGUA